AUUUCAACACCAAAAUAAAAAGCUUAUAAUUAAAGAACCAAAAAGAAACUCUCACAUUCUCAAGAGCUUCUCUCUCAACUCCAAUGGCUUUACUAACUAUCUUGCCGGAAAACGCAGAGCCUCCAAAACAUACUCCACCGCCUAGCAAACGCAAGAAACGCGAGAAUCCCACCGAGAAACCGCACAAACCACACAAACCUCAAAAGCAGAAAGCAGCAGCACCUCAGAAGCAACCGUCUUCAUGGGGCCAAAUCAAGAAUCUCUUGACUUGCAAACAAAUCGAAGGGUCAAGAGUUCACGACCCAUCCAAGAACUCUCAACCUGCUCCGUCCACGACGGCUAACUCAUCGCCUUCCAAGCUCAGCUCGUCGUGCAGCUCCAUCUGCAGUUUUCGAGAUGUUGCUCACGGCAACACUCGUGUGGUACACAGAGCAGACAACUCCCCAGAAGUAGCUAAAUCGGCUACUGCUGACUCGGAGACUCGUCUUCUGACUCGGAAACCUGGUCAACACGGUUCUUCAUCUCGGUCUCUUACAUCUGGCUCAACUAGAUCUAACGCCAGCGGAAGUUACACGUCGUCCUCUACGACUUCGUUUAGAGCCAUGCAGUUCCGUAAACUCUCCGGAUGCUACGAGUGUCACAUGAUAGUUGACCCUAGCAGGUAUCCGAUUUCGCCUAGGGUUUGUGCUUGUUCCCAAUGUGGAGAAGUCUUUCCAAUGCUUGAAAGCUUGGAGCUUCAUCAAGCGGUUCGUCACGCAGUUUCUGAGUUAGGCCCGGAAGAUUCGGGUCGGAACAUAGUGGAGAUCAUAUUCAAGUCGAGCUGGCUUAAAAAGGACAGUCCAAUCUGUAAGAUCGAACGGAUACUAAAAGUACACAACACUCAACGCACGAUCCAACGAUUCGAAGAUUGCCGAGACGCGGUGAAGGCGCGUGCACUUCAAACCACAAGAAAAGACGCUCGUUGUGCUGCUGACGGCAACGAGCUUCUCCGCUUCCACUGCACCACUCUGACUUGCUCGCUCGGAUCUCGUGGCUCGUCUUCUCUCUGCCCUAAUCUCCCCAACUGUGGCGUAUGCAACGUGAUUCGCCACGGCUUCCAAGGAAAGUCCGGCGCCGGAGGAGGUGCCGCUACCGCAGCAUCUAGCGGCGGCGUGAUGACGACGGCGAGCAGCGGAAGAGCUGAUGAUCUUCUGAGGUGUGGUGAUGAUGUGAGGAGAGUUAUGCUUGUGUGUCGUGUGAUCGCUGGGAGAGUUAAGCGCGUCGAUUUACCGGCGGAGGAGAAGAAGCCUCCGGUGGAAGAUAACUCGACGGUUGGAGUUUCUUCGAGCGGCGGUGUGUUUGACUCUGUGGUGGUCAACGCUGGAGUAUAUUCUAAUCUGGAGGAGCUGGUGGUUUAUAAUCCAAGAGCUAUAUUACCUUGCUUCGUGGUUAUUUACAAAGUUUUAGAAUCUUGAGUUUGUAAGAUUAACUUCAGAAAUAAUGUUUUUUUUUUCUUUUUGUUUCUGUAGUGUGUGCUUCUAACUUUGUAAUAUUGCAGGGAGACUAGGUUAAUCAUCAUUUCAGAUUUUAACCUGCA